AUGUAUCCCAGGAUUAAAAACCUCGCACUUUAUGCCUUUUCGAUCAUGCUGCUGGCGUGGGUUUUUUACAUGAAGAAAGAGGCAAAGUUGGCAGCGUCGUCGGCAGACCAGAAAGUGGAUGUAGCGCAUCGCAAACCACAGUCUUUGGUUCUGGACAAUGCUGAACCCAGCAAGUGUUUGCCAAACUUGACCUUUGCGAAUUCUUCUCUCACCCUCCCAGAGCUUCACCGUGUUUUCUUAACAUACAAGCACUGCCGGAACUUCUUGGUUCUGCUGAAGCCUUCCAGGUGUGGCAAAGACACGUUCCUCUUGCUGGCGAUCAAGUCUUCCCCGAUCAAUAUAGACCGGCGAGUGGCAAUCAGGAACACGUGGGGGAAGGAGGUCUCCAUCGGUGGCAAGCGCAUCAGGCUGGUAUUCCUGCUAGGGCGCUUGGAGGCCAAAAUCCAGGUACAGCCCCUGCACCAGCUGCUGGCUUAUGAGAGCCAGGAGUUUGAUGAUAUCUUGCAGUGGGAUUUUGUUGACAACUUCUUCAACUUGACCCUCAAGGAGCUGCAUUUCCUCCGCUGGUUCAUGGAGGACUGCCUGCACACCAGGUUUGUGCUGAAGGGCGAUGAUGAUGUCUUUGUCAAUACUUAUAACAUUGUUGAAUUCCUCCAAGAACUGGACCCUGAACAGGAUCUCUUUGUUGGGGAUGUGAUCACCAACGCCCGGCCCAUCAGGAACACCAAGGUCAAAUACUUUAUUCCAGAGUCCAUGUACAGAGCCCCCUUCUAUCCUCUCUAUGCGGGUGGAGGGGGCUAUGUGAUGUCUAGAGAGACAGUGCGCCGCCUCCAGAGCACCGCAGAGGACAUGGAACUCUUCCCAAUAGAUGAUGUCUUUGUGGGAAUGUGUCUGGCAAAGAUGGCAGUGACCCCAAAGAACCACGCUGGCUUUAAGACUUUUGGGAUCCAGAGACCUUUCAAUCCUUUUGAUCCAUGCUUGUACAAAGAGCUGAUGAUUGUGCACAAACUAAGCCCAACCGAGAUGUGGAUCAUGUGGACGCUGGUGAAGGAUGACAGCAUUAGGUGUGCGGUGUCAGUAAUGCACAGCUACAGAAGGGGUUGGAAAAGAAGCUACUGAUGAGCACACUGGGACUGUGACGGGUGACAGAUAUAGGGUACUUUUAAACUAAAAAUCAGGUUGUGGUAGAAACGCGUCCUCUACUAACAGUCUGUACUUGAGCCAUAGGGGUUUGUUUUGCAGUAAGUCUUUUUCUGUCCGUGGGUUACUGAAACAGUUGAGUUGCUGUAGGGUGGGGACGGGGCUGGUAGCUCGGUGAGACACGGCACAGGGGACUCGGCUCGGUUCCUCCCAGCCAGACUGGAGCCAGAGGAAGUCACAACUGCCACAGGAACGUGGGUGACGGGCCACCUGCUAUGGAGGCUCCGCAACACCAAGGCUGGUGUCUGACUGCCAGCCAAAUUCAGUCUCGUGUAGGAAAGCUGAUGAUGACUAAUGGGUGACAGAGCACUUGAAAUUACUUGGAAGGGGUGGAAGAGAAAGGCCAGUGUGUGCUGCUGGGUCCACCGCAGUGCAACUCCACUGUUCCAGGCCAUCCAGCAAUCCCACAGGUCCUACCAGACAGCAGGAGAAAGGGAGUGGAGUGGGGAAAAAAUAAAAUGCCUCAAAAAUAUAUUGCCUUAACACAGCACGAUGAUCCAAGGGACUGGGCUCUCACUUGAGCCUGUUGGAUUUUACAGAAGUUUAUUACAGGUUUACUUGCACUGGAAGCUUUUGCACAAACACUUUCUGUUUGGGUUUGAGCAGAGCAAUAUGUCUUGAAUAAUCACAGUGGUAGUUAGAGUGGCUGUAGCUUUUCAUGUUGUGUGGGAGGUGUUUGGGUUUGUUUUGUUUUUUUUUUUUUUUUGUCGUUGUUGUUGUAGUGUUGGGUAUAAAUAAAAUAAUAGUUUUGAAAAGUGUUUUCACAGGAGUAUUCUUGGGUCUCCUGAAAGCUAAGAGCACUAAAAGCCAGAGAAGGCUGAGCUCUGGUGCUGGACAUUUGCAUUAAGCAGUCAUUGAUAUUAAAGAGGAUAAGGUUAUGUGGAAAUGGAUACUUGCCACUUCUUUGCUGUGAGCCGCUGCCAUUCUCUGCCCCUGUCCAGGCAAGAUGUAUUGAUACAGAAGCAAUUAAUCUAUGAGUGUGCUGGAGUUGCUAAUUUGAGGAAAGAUCAAAUAUGAAACUAAGAUUUGGUGAUACUUUUGUGAAGCUCAUCAGCUUCAGGGCGUCUUACUGCUAGAUCAGAAGCUGCUGUGCUGUGUGCGAACAGGAAGCAGCCUGGAAGCUUUAGAAAAAGGUAGUGGGUAGAGAGGAAGUGUGUGAUUACAGAAAUCAGCAAUUUAUGUUGUGCUGUUGUCAUUGCUGUCUCUAGUGCCAGCUGCCCAGCGUUCACCAUCCACCAGAUGUGAACUGGAGCUUUCAGAGGUGCCCGGGAAGUGCUUCCAGGAGGUCCUUACUUGUACUACAGAUAGAGAGACAGAGGACAUCCCGAGACCAGAGGUGUGACAAGCUCUUGGGGCAGGCUGGCUGCCCUGCCUUCCAGUGGGCUGGUGCAGUGCUGUACGACCUCAGGCUGACGGACUCCUGGCAGUACUUGCUGCCUUGGCUUUCUAAAGCACCCGGUGUAGUUCUAGCUUAGCACUAUGGCGUGACCUAGACUCUUACAGAGGGAGUUGCCACUCUCACGCGAGCUGUUUCUGUGGCAGAUGUGAGUAGGUGUUUGUCUGAAAAAAGGGCUCUUGCAAGGGGUGAGCCUGUGUGUGUGUCCAUCCUCAGUGUGGUCUGGCACAAGCUGCUGCUGCAUCAUCUCACUGCAGCCCUAACAGGGAUUAAUUAGCUGUAUUAGCUAUACCUGAGAAAUGGUCUGCAUAUAGUUUCAGAUAUGUUGGCUUUGUAAACAAGGCUGAGUAUCAGCAGCAAAACCUAGUUUCUGGGCACUGUUCUCUGGGCACCACUGGUUGUUCCAGAGAAGAGACUGGACAGAGCGGGUACCAUGGUACCCCGUGAACUGCUGUGGCAGCAUUUUUCUGAUCCACUAGAUGAUUCCAAAUGCAAACUCAGUAACAUAAUGUAGAGCGUGAUGUCAUGUCUGUUGUGGGCUUAGGUGUAUGGGCUAACCCCUGACAGGCAACUGUCACUUCCUAAUCAAGGUGUCAGGCUCUUUUCCACCCUAUUUUGGAGACGAUAUGCCACUCGUGCUCCUCGCUCCCAUUCUGACUCAACUGAAGUGACUACUUUGUUCCUGUCACGUCUGAAGUUUAGAUGUGUGCGGGUACUGCCAGCGUCUUGGGAAGUAAGAGCAGGGUGUACAGUGAAACAACAAGUGGGGCAGCAAGGGGUCUGGAGCAGGCCCUGAAAGGGGAAGACUGAGUUGCUUUGCAGACUCCUGUAGCAGUGUUCAUCUGUCAUAAGCCACAUCUCUGCCAUGCAAGCAUCAGAGUAGGGUUAUUGUGGCAUCCUGAAAGGAACACAACCUGUAUGUGCAUUUGGGUCAGUGGCUUGGCAGACGUCCUUACACUGGAGCAUGUAACAAAUUAGAGCAGUUGUGGUUAGAGGCUGACCUGAAGUUGCAUUUGGCUCUUGAGGGGCGUGGUUGUGCCACUGCUGCAAAUAAUUCUCUCAUGAUAGUGGGUUUUUUUGCUCAUGCUCCAGCCCAAAGCUGUGGUUAGCACCUCCUGACUACAGGCACAGCAGACCCUGGCAUCCUCCUGUGAGCUCGAAUUCUAGACUGUGCCAUUCUCCUUGGAUACAGCAGCACCCAGUGAGGAUCAGGAGCAAGGAGAGAAUUGGCGCAGGAGGAAGGGACCGCAAUCCUGUGUGCUGAGCAGACGUACAGGACGAGCUGCACGGUGGAGCCUGUUGCCUCUGGCCAGCCCGUGGCUGCAGGAGCAGAAGAGGAGCUCUCAUUUAAGCACCAAGAAGUACGUCGUCCAGCCGGCGAGCAGCAGCGCCCCGACCAGCACGGUGUAACUGAACAGCACGAAGGCCAGCAGCUCCUUCAGCACCUUGAGGAAAUGGACGGCGAAGGAGUCCGGCAUGGCUCUCCCCGGCGCAGCGGCAGGGCAGUCUCUCCAGGAACCAUGCUUUACAGCUCCAGUUGGAGGCCCUCUAAAAUGCUGAAACUGGAAAACCUACAAAUAUAGUAGAGUUGCGGGGAACACCAAAUGCCUCUCCCAGUCUUUUAGGAGGCUGUGCAGUUCACCAGACCUAAAGACACCAUAGCCCAAAUACUAUGUUUAGAGCAUGCAACAGACGGCAUUCCCACAUUUCCAAGAUUCAGAUUACAUCUUCCUCGCAGAAGAGGACCUAAUGCAACACAAACGGCUGAAGGCGGCAAAAAGACUGUUUCUCCAAGCUCUAGCAGAUCUUCCAGAUCUUUGAUCUUGGAGCCAUCUACUCACAGGCAGAAAAGGCUAUGGUGCAAGUGAACUGAGAAUACUCCAGUUUGCAAGAUGACCAACUAACCCCUGUGCUUCACAGACUACAGCUGUCUAUCUUGGCAAUAAGAGAAGGAUCUCUGCUGACAGAUCCGCAGUAG